UCUCACGAAGCAUAUGCGAGGCGCCCAGCCUGCGGGGCCACUAGAAUCACGCAGAUCUAAUGAUCGGCGCAAACCCAGAUGCAUGUCACGGCACAGUGAAUGCUGCUGCAUGGCAUGCAACGGAGUUUUACGCAAUCUGAACCACUGCGACAAAGCGUCGCUGCCAUGUCGCAGCAUUGCGGAUGUCGUUAACUCCGGUGCUUGAUCACCGUGUCUUUUCACAUGGCGCUCUGAUACUGCGCGUAGCAGCUGUACCCGUUAACACUUAAUCCAUAACUGGAUUGACAUCUGUGACACAGUGGUGCCGGAACUUUCCGUCAUGGAUGUGAAGAACCUGAAGGAUUACCUGCACUGGCUGUACUACCAGUACCUGCUCAUCACCAGCAUCUACGUCCUGGAGCCCUGGGAGCAGACGCUCUUCAACACGGUGCUCUUCACCAUGGUGGCCAUGGUCAUCUACACCUCCUACGUCUUUGUGCCCAUCCACGUCCGCCUGGCGCUGAAGUUUUUCUCGGGGCUGUGUGGCGGACAGCAGGAGAGCACGGUCGCUCUGAUCAGCUAGCGGCCUCCCGCCUCAGGUCAGGUCCACCGCUGUGGCUCCUACAGAUACCAGGUGGGUCGAGCGUUCAGAAACAGGGAAGUGCGUUAAUGCUCUGUGCACUGCGCUGAGUAACAUGUAAACGUAAGGAGCAUUUUUAGCAAACACCUAAGCAAAGGAUACCGGCUAAUUCUAUUUGACUCUGUUCCUGAUUUCGCUUUACUCUGCACGCUAACAUGUUCCCAAACGUGACUGGAUGUAUGUUUAGCUGUAUGUUCUCUGUCCAGCCCCCUGUCCUUGCCGAAUGGGGGUCUCAAAGGCGCAUUGAUGGUAAAGCGGCUUCCUACUAACCUGAGCGUUCGGGGCUCCCCUGUGAUGUGACACUGCGAUGGGCUACAUGUGGGAAUGCUGGUCUGCGGCUUCACACAUUAGCACGUUAGCUGACUGCUCUGGUAGAUGCUUUUACCAUGCCUACCGUAUUAAUAUGAUUCAAGGGUACGGGGGCUUCUGAAUGGUGGAUAAGUGAAUGAUACCAGACAGUACCAUAAAUGGGGGGCUGAUUUUUAUUUCAUCACGACAAAGGGCUGUGAAAUUAACAAACAAGCCGCUUUUAUUCAGAUAUUUACUGCUGACACAUACACACUGACUGAAUGAUGAACACUAUGAAUUUAACUGUUGUAAAGCAGGGAGGCUUCGAUCUGGACAAAUAUUGACAUUGUUUUUGUUUGAGGUCUGGCCCGUCUGGGUUGCUAAGCAAAGAAUGUGUACAAUAUCUUUUGUUAAGCAUGAAUGCUGUCAAAGCCAGUGAUGUCACAGCUCACAUGACACACUCAGUUCCUCAAUCACUUCUUGGUUUUGUUAAGUGAAUAUUAAAAACUGAAGGUGAAAACUACAUGGGAAGUCAAUAAUGAUUAAAUAUGCUUGUUAUUUUUACAUAUUUCCUUAUUCCAUUAUUAAAAUUUGCCUUUGACAGUGGGUGGUGGUCUUCUAAGUAUGGAAGUAUUUAUGCUUGAUAUUUAUAUACAAUAUGCUAAAAAAAAAAAUUGACUAGCCUUUACCAAUUGCCAGUUUUUUUUCCCCCUCUGGUGAUUGAACAUUUCCUUGUUGCCAUAUGUUUGUAACACACUCUGUUGACUGAAAUUGCCAUUCAAUGAAUGUACUGUAAUCAUCCGAAGUCAAAAUGUUUAAGUAGGCUGAUUGAUGUAAGUGUAAAUUCACUGAAUUCAUAGUUUCAUACCACGUAUGUCGUCUGUGUAUAAAGUUACCAGUUUAUGUAAACAGCUUUACUUUUUUUUUUUACUAAUAAAGUUGUUUUGCUAAUA